AUGGAGUCGUGGGGAGAUGGCCUCGGCCUCACAGAUAUAAACGGCUCCGUCUUUCGCUCCGCAGUUGAGGCAACAAUGGGUGGUGCUGCUCUCUCCCUCCGGGGGCUUCUCGCCCUGUCCGGCCUCGCCCUCUCGGCGCUCGCCGGCAACGGCCGGACCCGCCAAAGCCAAGGCCUGUGCGAGACGGCCAAGUACGAGAACAAGACGCGCGUGUUUGUCAUGACGGACAUCUCCAACGAGCCGGACGACCAGAUGAGUCUCGUGCGCUUUCUGACCUACGCCAACGAGCUCGACAUCGUCAACAUCGCCGCCGUCACAUCCACGUGGAAGAACGACUCCAUCGACGCGCCCUCCAUCUACGGCGUCUUCGACGGCUACAGCCAGGUCGUCGACACCCUCAACAGCAACGUCCCCGAGGCCGGGUCCUACCCCCCAGCAGAUGAGGUCGCAGCGAAGCUCGUCACCGGACACUCGGUGUACGGCCUAGCUGCGCUGGACGAGCCGACGCCCAGCAACGCGUCGACGGCGCUCAUCGCUGGCGUGGAUGCCAGCGAGGAGCCUCUCUGGGUGCUUGCCUGGGGCGGAGCCAACGUGCUGGCCGAGGCGCUGAACCAAGUCAGGAAUGAGAGGAGCGAGGAGGAACUCGCGGCCUUCGUGCGCAAGAUCCGGGUGCACUCCAUCUCGGACCAGGACGACGCCGGUGCUUGGAUCCGGACCAACUUCCCCACGCUCUUCUACAUCGUGUCUAUUCACGGCUUCAGCGAGUACGCCAUCGCUACCUGGAACGGGAUCUCGGGCGAGCUCUUCCGGCACUUCGACAAGGGCGGCCCGGACUCGUCGCUGGUGAGCAACGAGUGGCUCGAGGAGCACAUCCGCAUCGGGCCCCUGGGCGCGCACUACCUCAACUGGUCCUUCAUCAUGGAAGGGGACACCCCGUCCUUCCUGGGCCUCAUCCCCAACGGGCUCAACGCGCCCGAGCACCCGGAGUGGGGCGGCUGGGGCGGCCGCUACAUCCUGAUGGUGUCGUCGGGCGCCGAGGGCACCUUCAGCGACGCGGCCGACUGGGCCAUCGGCGUCAACAACGAGACCUACUUCAGCCAGUUCGCCUCCAUCUGGCGCUGGAGGGAGGCCUACCAGUACGACUUUGCCGCGCGCAUGCAGUGGACCGUCGACGAGGGCGGCGCGGCCAACUCGACUGCCGCCGCGCCGAACCACCAGCCCGUGGCCGUCGUCAACGGGUCGUGUGGCACUCUUCAGAUCCCGUACACGAUCGGCGAGUCUGUCGUGCUGGACGCCUCUGAGUCCUGGGACCCGGAUGGAGAUGAGCUGUCGUUUGACUGGUUCCACUACCGCGAGCCUACGUUCCGCCUCGAGGGUGAUAUCCCGCGCAUCUCGCCUAAUGUGACCUUUGACGCCCUUGAUGCCACUGGGUCGGUUGUGAAUGUCACGCCUAAUGAUAAUGAGACGAUGCAUAUCGUCCUGACUGUGCACGAUGGCCAGCCUAUGAAGCUGUCCUCGUACAAGCGGGUCAUCCUGGUUCCUCAAUCCUAA